AGCUAAGCAGGCUUAGGAAACGCCAGGCGAAACGUCCGUCGCAUCCGAUAGCGCUCAGUUGUUUCGCAUCGCGCGGUCGACAACCAGCGAGGAACUCGGGAAAUUUUGCGCGCGCGCGCGGUUUUACCCGCUUUUUUGCGUUCGAAAGAUUUUUGGUCGGAAGAGUGACUUUUUUGGUUGAUGUACUAUUUGAUUUCCUGGAUGAACUUUUGCGUGUUAUGUGUGUAACUUUUUUGAUUGUUGAUUUUGGAAAGGUGGAUUUUGUGUUAUUGAGCGUUUAAAAGUGUGAAGUGCCUUUAUUUUUUGGAUUACCCUUGUUGGAUUAACCUUCUUUUUUUGCGGACUGGGAUGAAAAACAGAUUUGCAUGGAAGCUGCGUUCAUGUAUUGGAAAACGUUUGAUAUUCAUCGUGACAUUUCUAGAUCUCUCCUGAGAUUGAAUUACGGGCCGACCACCGUCGGAUAGGCAGCGGCGGAAGAGUGGGGGGCAGAACUGGCGGAGGAGGAGGAAGAGGGGGAGGAGAGACAGAGAAGGAGGAGGAGAAGGAGAGAGAGAGAGGAGGAAAAGCGAGCCAGGGGCGGCACGUUGGCGGGGACGAACGUCCUGCGACUUGGGGGGGUCACCCCAUCGUCGCCCAUGUCGCUGAUGGCGAUGCCCUUCAUCGACAACGAUCUGCUUUGGAGUUCCGAUCACGAUGGGAAGAUGGUCGACCUCACUUCUUGCCUACAGGAUGCCUCUGAGGCCAUCGGCCAACAAAACACUGCCACCGGAUCUUCGGGGGCUUUGGGGGAGCUGUCUCAGUCCGAUCUCAGUUCGUUGGUGCCCCCUUUGUCCGAAGGUCACAUGGCAGAUCCUGACGAUAUUUUCAAACACCUUUCCGAUACCACUGCCAUCGAAAUCGAGCACAUUCUCAGCGAAAUCAAUCAGUCACCUUACAUAAAGCAAGAAGAAGAGAACAACAACAACGGCUCGUCGUGCGACGAGUCCGCCUCCUCGUCUCUGUCGGGUUCGCCGUGCGGCCGCAAGAGCGCGCUCGCAUGCCCAGAGCUUCGCAGGUACACCAUCGCCGCCGCCAAUCCCAUUCUCGCCGAGAAGUUAUCUGCGCCUAGCGAGAGGGAAAAUGGCUCGCGACAGGGUUCGAACGGACGACCAGAGGUGGCGCCACUCGUGCCGAAGAUCGAGAAAGUUGACAAAGAACAGAACUACAACCAACUUCACCAGCUACUAUCGAGGCAAAGGUCAGAUCUACAGCAUCAAAACUUAUGCGAUUAUGCAAGAAGGAAGUCUGUUUAUCCGCCCACAACUGGUUCCUUGCCUCCCAGUCCCGCCGAUUCUGGAGUAUCGGACGUGGACAGCUCGUCCAGCGGACACACCUCGACGGACGAACAGCUGAAGGCUCGGCUGCAGCCUUCGAUCCACUCGCCGGUAGGCUCGCUGUUCCCCAGGCAUCAUCCGCUGUCUUGGACGACGCACCAUGGCCAGAGGCAGCCCAAUCACAUGUCGCAGCAGUUCUACCAACCCUUCCCUACAAAUCUGGACCCGUACAACACCUACCUGUUGCAGCACCACCACCAAGCGCAGCAGCAGCAGCAGCAGCAUCACCACCAGCAGCAGCAACAACACCCGCACCAUCACCACCAACAGCAGCAUCUUCCCCCCCACCACCAAAACCCCCACUCCCCCUUCACCACCCCCUCUCCCCCCUCCCCUCGUCAGUCCGCCAUUCCGACUUCGGUCAUCCAAGCGGCGGCGAGUAGCAUGCUGUACGACGACCCCUAUCUGGCCGGUUUCGCGCCGCGGAAGCUGAAGAAGGCGCCGAAGAAGCAGAAACCUGGGGAGGGGGGCGCGGUGAAGCGGAAGAGCCGCGAGGGCUCGACCACUUAUUUGUGGGAGUUCCUGUUGAAGCUGUUGCAGGACAGGGAGUACUGUCCGCGGUACAUCAAGUGGACGAACAGGGAGAAGGGUGUCUUCAAGUUGGUCGACUCCAAAGCGGUAUCCAGACUGUGGGGCAUGCACAAGAACAAGCCCGACAUGAACUACGAGACGAUGGGCAGGGCAUUGAGGUACUAUUACCAGAGAGGCAUUCUGGCCAAAGUCGAUGGCCAGCGGCUGGUCUACCAGUUCGUCGAGGUGCCCAAGGAUAUCGUGGAAAUCGAUUGUACAGGGGCAGCUUGAGGAUGCUAGGCGAAGAAUUAGCGAAGAAAUACCUCCUCCUCCUCCUCCUCUGGCUAGGUUUUGGUCCAAACGCUUGGCCGUCUCGAAAGUACAACAAAACACAAAUUAUUUAUUUAGACGGAAGUCUUCA